AUGCUCACGGGCUCGUCCACCAUGGUGUCGGCCUUGGGAACUGCUUGUACGGCUCCUUUGGGCGCUGGGACAGCUGCUCCGGGUGAUCCCUUUUGGCUCCAGAGUAUCAAUUCAUCGGGAACGGCGCCGUACUCUUCAGACCCAAGUACAUAUCAGGUUUAUCGCAAUGUGAAAGAUUAUGGUGCUACUGGUGAUGGUACCACUGAUGAUACGGCGGCAAUCAAAACUUAUGUAGUGUCGUCGCCUAUUAUCGCCUAUUACUACACAGCGAUCAUCGGAGACGCCAGGAAUCCCCCAACCGUAAUCGCCAGUUCGAACUUCAGUGGUAUUGCCGUUUUUGACGCGGACCCAUACGACGCUGACGGUGCCAACUGGUAUGUAAACCAGGACAACUUCUAUCGCUCCAUACGGAACUUCGUGAUCGACCUCACUGAAAUGCCUGCAUCUGCUACGGCCACUGGUAUCCACUGGCAGGUUUCGCAAUCGACAUCACUUGUCAACAUCGUAGUUGAUAUGUCGACUGCAGCGGGGAAUAACCACAGGGGUCUUUUCAUGGAAGAUGGAAGUGGUGGGUUUAUGGGAGAUCUCGUAUUUAAUGGGGGCGCCUACGGUAUAUGGGUUGGAAAUCAGCAGUUCACAGUACGCAAUCUCACCGUGAACAAUGCAAAUGCUGCGGCCAUUUACGGAUUGUGGAAUUGGGGAUGGACUUACCAAGGCGUUACGAUCAAUAACUGUACAAUUGGUUUCGAGCUGUUAACCGGCGGUCUCUCGAAUGCUGACCAGACCGUUGGAGCAGAAGCCAUCAUUGAUGCCGUUGUUACAGACACCCCGAUAUUUGUCCAGUCAUCAGAAGCUAGCAACGGCACCCUGGCCGGGUCCCUUGUACUCAAUAAUAUCCAACUCAACAAUGUUCCCACCGCCGUCGGAGUCGCUAAUGGUGAUGUCGUCCUGGCUGGAGGUACUAUGACGAUUGCAUCAUGGGGCCAAGGCGACGUUUACUCUGGAACAGACCCCAAUGGGAACUUCGAGCAAGGUAACAUUUAUGCUGCAUAUAAGGACCCAAGCUUGCUCGACAGUGCCGGAAGGAUAUUCGGGAAAGCCCAUCCACAAUACUUCGAUUAUGCUGUUGACCAAUUCAUAACCGUCAAAUCCCAAGGUGCUGUUGGUGAUGGGGUAACUGACGAUACGGAUGCCAUUAACGCGGUGCUCAGCAAGUACGCUGGUUGUUACAUCAUCUUCUUUGAUGCCGGUGUGUACAAAGUGACGUCAACCAUCAACGUCCCAGCGGGCAGUCAAAUCGUUGGAGAGGCAUGGACUGUUAUCAUGGGCAGUGGCUCUAAUUUCGCAGACCAAACCAACCCCCAAGUUGUCGUCCAAGUCGGCGCUGAGGGUUCUGAAGGCGUCGCUGAAAUCACAGAUUUCGUCUUUACGACUCAAGGCCCUACACCAGGAGCCAUAGUUAUUGAAUGGAACAUCCAUGAGCCGUCCGGUGAGCAGGGUGCAUGUGGAAUGUGGGAUAGUCACAUCAGACUUGGUGGAGCUGUGGGAACAAAUCUGGAGACUGCUCAAUGCCCUUCAGGCUCAGAUAACACCCAGUGUUUUGCCUCAUUCCUUGCCAUACAUUUGACUUCCGGGUCUACAGCUUAUCUCGAAGGAACUUGGGUUUGGCUAGCUGAUCAUGAUCUCGAUGGAGAUGGCACUUCCCAAUUGACCAUUUUCAGCGGACGGGGAAUUCUUUCCGAAUCCGCAGGGCCUGUUUGGAUGAUCGGUACAUCUGAACAUCACGCUCUAUACCAGUACAACUUAGCAGGUGCUAGCAACCAUUACAUGGGAUUGAUUCAAACUGAGACACCGUAUUAUCAACCGGAUCCUGCACCCCCCACCCCUUUCAGCAUCAACAGUGCCUAUAAUGAUCCCACGUUUGACAACGGUAUGAAUAUGGCUUGGGCUGUCUGGGUUGAAUCGUCUCAGAACGUCAUAAUAUUUGGAGCUGGGCAUUACAGCUUCUUCCAGAAUUACAGUCAAACUUGCUUAACUAACAAUACUUGCAACCCACAAAUCGUCAACACUGACUCGACCUCUUCAGUUGCCAUCUACAGCUUGUCGACUGUUGGUUCUACAUACCAGUUGAGUGUCAACCAGGAUGGCAUAAUCAAUUGGGCCGACAACGUUGAUGGCUUUGCAUCGACCGUGACUGUUUGGAGUCCGACGUCAUGAACUAGAGAUCAUCACGAUGACCAUAAUUUGAACACAUUUAAGAUGUAGCUUUCAUGGCACUGCGUCGGUAAAUAUAGAUUACUGUCAGCUGAUGGUACUCAAGCAUGUAUUUAUAAAAUAUAUCAAAGCAGCUUUGCAUGA